UUACAUAAGUAACAGAUUGUCCUACCACUCACACCAUCGCUCUAAUUCCGGGUUCGCAUAGUUUUUUUCGCCUGAAAAUCCAACAACCUGUCUAUCUUCUUCUCCGCAAUCCAAUCAUCUCUCUCUCUCUCUCUCACUACACCUUUCAACUCUCAAGGUGAAGGAAUAGGGAGGUCUGUUAUUUGCAUUCUUGUAUUAAGAAGGCAUUUGGGUUUUGUUUCUAGAAGAGAGAGGGAACUGGUUCGGGGAGUCAGUGUAACUUCACGAGCUUGGUGUCCUCUCUCAUCAUCCUUCCUUAUCUUGUUAUUAUUGCCACAAGGGUUGUUUUCUUGAUGUAAAUGCUUAUCAGAGUUGGGCUUUGUUGAUGAGCUUGGAGCACUAGGUGGAGGGUUUUAUUCUAUUAAGAUAGGUUGACACUGGUGAUAUGGGUGCUGUCUGCUGUUGUUUGCGCGAGGAUUGCGAAGAUUAUGUUAAUCCGAACAGUUCAGUUUCUAGAAACUGUAUAUGCCUUCGUUGCUUUGUUCAGAAUGUUUUGCACGCGUAUACAUCAUUAUUUCAAAGAGGAGAAGCACACGCCAUUCCUUCAACCAUUCAGGAGACUGCUUCUUUGACUUCUACAGCAUCACUUGACAACUCUCUUUCUGAUAUGUACCGUUCUCCUCCGAGGCCCUUGCCUUAUGAUGCUGAUCCCCGAUGUUUCCGCAUGCAACGGGAUGGACUGGUCUCGAGACGGGAUAAAAGCUCAAGUCAUUCACUCGAGGAAACUGAACCACUAAGAAGUUGUACUGAUGCAGAUUCAGAAUCUUUGAAUACUGUAGACAAAUGGAAUGAGUCUACAUGUGAAGGAUCAAAAGAAUACCAUACCAGGUCUUCACUGAAGAUCUCAUCAGCAAAAACGGGAACUGAAUUUGCACAUAUUUAUUUUUCUUCUGAAGAUGAAGAUGUCUGCCCAACAUGUCUUGAAGAAUAUACUCCAGAAAACCCCAAGAUAAUUACAAAAUGCUCUCAUCAUUUCCAUCUGGGUUGUAUAUACGAGUGGAUGGAGAGAAGUGACAGCUGUCCAGUUUGUGGCAAGGUGAUGGUAUUUGAUGAAACGACAUGACGUUACUUAAAUUUCAUGUCGUAGAUGAAACCAACAACUUACCAGAGAAGAGGAGGAAAUCAGCAACAAAUGGGAAGAGAGGAGAAAAGAAAAUCAGAAGCAGAUAUCGUAUGGACCUUGUGAAUACCAUGUGUUUGCCCUAUAUAUGAAGUGAAUGUAAAAUAUUGUUCAAGCCUGACUUUAUUUCAAUACUUCUUUUUUUUCCCGGUUUUCUUUUUCUCUUCCCUUUUUUCUUUUCUGGGUGCUGUUCCCUUCAAUCAGUGAAAGUGGAAACAUCUAAAAACGAAAAGAGAGAAAAUGGUGUUCCUAGAUGUGCCAGUGUGGUGAAAUGAUGUUUGUUAUGCACUGGUGGUUUCUGAUUCCUGUUGUAUGUGAAUUGUACAUGACUGACAAAUGAUAUUGAUAAAUAAGAUUCUUGUUUUCCUUGACUGAA